UUGCCGAUGCUUCCUUUCCGUUUCCCUCAUUCUCUCCUUCAUUCUUUUUUUCCAUCGCUCUUCAUUCUCUCCUUCGUUCUCUUCAUCCAUCGCUCUCCAUCCGAGACUACACAAUAGGAAAGACGCUCCACUUUCAUUCGAAAUCGUUGAUCUGAUCGAAGAGGAUGUCUAGCAAUGUAGUUCAACCAUUACAACAACCAAGUGGUGAAGAAAGUGAAAAACAAAGCAAGGCUUAUUGGGAUGAUAUUACAAUGGAUGCUUUUAUCAAAGUUUGUGUGAUUGAGACUUCGACUGGAAAUAGACCAAAUAGUCACUUUAGCAAGUUGGGAUGGAAAAAUGUGAUAAAAGCCUUCAACAGUUUGACUGGAAGAAACUAUCAAUAUAGGCAACUUAAGAAUAAAUGGAGUUCUCUUAAAAAUGAUUGACAACUUUGGAAUACCUUGAUUGGGAAAGACAUUGACCUUGGGUGGGAUCCUAUGAGACAAACCAUCAAUGCAAGCAAUGAAUGGUGGGAUAAGAAAUUGAAGGUUGUUUUGAAGAAUAGAUGGAGAAUGCUACGAGAAAUGCAUAGUUUUCCUCUUGAAAAACAAGUAAAGGCUGUUAUUGCUUCAGUGGCUCUUCACAACUUUAUAAGGAUUAAUGCUAGAAUGAAUAUGGAAUUUAAAUCUUAUGAUGAUGAUCAAGGGUUGCUUCCACUUAAUGAAGAAGAGAAUAGAAUGGAUUCCCUUGUUGAGGAAGAUGGUUCACAUCAUACAAGAGAAAUGGAAGAAGAAUGUGAUCGAACUGCAAAUCUUCUUAUAUCUCAUUGAUGUUUGAUUAUGACUCUAAUAUAUUUGUUUCCUCCCUAUCUUUGGAUGGUAGAGAAUCCAGCAUCAUCAAUGAUUACCAUUCUAUAUAAAUCAUCUCUUUUCACCUAAUUGCUAUAGCAGCUAUCAAUCAUACCCUAAGGAGAUGUCUAAGCCCCAAGUAUUCCUCCAAUGCCUCCUGCUCCUCCUGUGUGCAGAGCUCUUCCAUUUCACACUUGCUGAUGUUGGCGUGGCAGCCCAAUACAGACCCCCAUAUCUACCCACAGCCUGUUCAGGAAACGAUCCAUCCCCGUUCCCAUCAAGCAACUUAUUUGCAGCAGCGGGGGAGGGAGCGUGGGACAAUGGAGCAGCUUGUGGGAGGCAAUACCGGGUUAGGUGCAUAAGCGCUCCAACUCCAGGGACAUGCAAAGCUGAUCAGAGUAUUAUAGUGAAGAUUGUUGAUAGAGCCCAAACCACUGUGUCUAGACCUUCUAGGGAUGGUGCCGUCCUCGUCCUUUCUACUACUGCAUUUGGGGCUAUUGCUAAUCCUUCUGCUGCUUGGGUUAACGUAGAGUUUGCCCAGGUUUGAAGGUUGCAAUGGAUGUUAAGGCCAUAUACAUCUCAUGGGGUUGAUUGAGAGAGCUGGCUUCUCUUUCUCUUGAAUAUAUGUAUUAAUAUGUGGGAUGUUAAGUUUCCAAUUAGUUGAAUAAAAAUUGGAUCAACUACCACUACAAAUUCAAGAAAUUAACAUAUCUUACUGAUUUGAA